AUGCCGGUAACAAGUUUGCAAGGUAUUAAUCCCAAUGGUAGACAGAAUGGCGCAGGGUUAUGCUGUUGCGACAGAAGAAUAAAUCCCGGUAUUAAUCCAAAUGCAGGCAAAGUUGUAAGACGAAAAAGAAAACGUCAAACUGGUGGUAGUGCACAUGGUCAAGGUCUCUCAAAUAAAGAUAUUUUAAUAAACGCUGCCGCAGGUGUGUUAAACAAGCAAAAGAGACGUAUUCAAACUGGUGUCAAAGAACGGAAACAAAAUGUUGCUAAACCCUGGGUUGAUAUGGGUAAAGAAAGUGGGGUGCAAUUAACAAAAAAAGAUCGGGAAUUGGCUUUGCUACACGUGGAAAAAAACAUCAAGCUAAAAACCAUAUUCCUGUAG